AUGACACAACCAUUAAAACGCACAAUCCCGCCACGUCAGAGUCUCGAGGACGAAAAGCUAUGGACAGAACGCGUCAUUUUGGCUCAAAGCCCGUUUUGGAUCAUUGCUGUCGCCUUGGUUAUAUCGACGGGCGUUCCGCGCCAUUGGAACGAUAUCGAAUAUCUACUCUUCUCAACGACGGUUGCAGCACCAUCCGUUGUGCUCCCCGCUCUCCUAUCUUCUCGUCGCGACCUCAACCAUCGACCAUGGUCGCACCGAUACUGGCUCAAGCUCAAUGUUUGGGUCGCUGUCGUCGUCUGUUUUGGGACGUACUUUGGUUCUCACUAUUUCUUCGACGCCGUGGGCCUGCGCUACAUCUUCAACGUUGACUGGAACUUUAGUUGGGUUAUUGUCGGGAAGAGCAGGCAGGAGGUUCCCGUGUUUAUGUAUCCCCUUACACAUGCCUACUUUAUGACCUACUUCACCAGCAUGAUGGCUGUUGAGCGAAAAAUUGUCCGCAGACUACAGCUCGGGUGGAUUGGGCGACAGGCACUUGUCCCGGUACUUUCAUAUGGUCUGGCGUUUGCGGAGAUCUUCGUGAUGGCUAAGAACCACGGCCUAGCAGAGGUGCAGGUCUUUGGCAAUGGAAGUCCCGGAAGUGCGGAUAGAGACAUCUAUAACGCCCGGGCUCUCAUCAAUCGAGACAAGUUGAAUGGCUACACUCCCACUGCAGCACUGAUCAAGCUAUUUGAUGAGAUGGACGUUCCUUACGUCGUUAAGUGGGCGGAUGAUGAGCCAAGCCGCCUCGUUGGCCUUGUCUGGACCUUUUCCUACUGUCUCCAGAUAUGGAAGCGGUUUCCCGAGAUCAUCAGCUUCGACAACACAUACAACACCAACCGCUUCAAGCUUCCGUUAUUCCAGGCAACAGGAUAG